ACCUAAUCUGACAAAACCAUCAGCGCACCCCACCCCAAAUCCCCCACGGCUUCUCCUAAGCAAAGCCACCCCUCCAUUCCCCACGAGUCCUAACCACCCAGGCUCCUUUCCUCCCGCGCCGCCGCCUUCCCGCCACCAUGCCGCGCCGAGCCGGGAACCCCUCCUCCGGAUCCAGCCGCGGCCGGCGCCGCCGCCGCGAUGAGGAGGACGAGGACGAGCUCUCCUCGAACACCACCUCCGACUCCGAUUUCGUCGCCGACUCCGAGGAGGAGGUGGGGGACGACGACGAGGGGUUCGCGUCCGAUGAGGACGCCCCUCCCGCGCCCGCGCCCGCGCCCGCGAUGGCGGCGCCGCCACCGCCGCCGAUGCUGAUGCCGGUGCCGAAUCGGGCGCGGAACCGGGGUGGGCAGAGGAGGAGGGGGAAGAAGGCGAGGGACGAGGACCUGCCGCCCCUGCCGUGGCAGGUGUGGGAGGCGGCCAACGACAGGUGGCUCGACGAGCGGGAGAAGCCCCCCGGCCACGGCGGGCCCCCCGACGACGCCGGGGCCGCGGCUGCGGGGGCGGGGGCGCCCGUGCCCACCGCGGACCCGGCCCCGGAGGUGGUGCUCCCGCUGCUGCGCUUCCAGAAGGAGUGGCUCGCCUGGGCGCUGGCGCAGGAGGCCUCCGUCUCGCGGGGCGGCAUCCUCGCCGACGAGAUGGGGAUGGGGAAGACCAUCCAGGCCAUCUCGCUCGUCCUCACCGCGCGCCGCCUCCGGCCCCCGGGCCACCACCACUCCGCGGCAUCCUCCUCCUCAUCCUCAGCGGGGCGCCCGAUGCGACAGGUCGGGUGCACGCUGGUCGUCUGCCCGGUUGUGGCCGUCAUCCAGUGGACAGAGGAGAUCGAGCGGCACACCGCCAGUGGCAGCGCGCGCGUGCUAAUCUACCACGGCGCCAAGCGGGGCACGAAGAAGUUCGACUUCAACAACUACGACUUCGUCGUCACCACCUACUCCACCAUCGAGGCGGACUACCGGAAGCACAUCAUGCCACCCAAGAUCCGGUGCCAAUACUGUGACAAAUUGUUUUACCCCAACAAGCUGAAGGUGCACUUGAAGUAUUUCUGCGGACCUGAUGCCGUGCGCACAGAGAAGCAGGCGAAGCAGCAGAGCAAGAAGUGGGGCGGCAGCAGGGGAAAGGGAAAGGGAAGUGGUCAUAAGAAGGACGGUGAUGAGGAGAAUAAGGAUUUUGAUGAAUUGGCUGAUGAACCAGUCAGCCAGUCAAGGGGUCAGUCGCCUCUGCACUCUGUACGGUGGGAGCGGAUCAUCUUGGAUGAGGCUCACUUCAUAAAAGAUAGACGGUGUAAUACUGCAAGGGCUAUUUUUGCAUUAGAGUCAGAAUACAAGUGGGCUCUGAGUGGGACACCUUUGCAGAACCGCGUUGGAGAACUUUACUCACUUAUUCGCUUCUUGCAAAUCUUCCCCUAUUCGAACUAUUUCUGCAAGGACUGUAACUGUGAGAUACUAGAUACCAGUAUGAAGAAACAGUGCGACUGUGGUCACUCAUCUGUUAGGCACUUCUGCUGGUGGAAUAAGUACAUAGCGAGGCCAAUACAGUGGGGUUCAGCAAGUGAUGAAGGCAAAAGAGCCAUGAUGCUUCUGAAGGAGAAAGUUCUGAAAGGCAUAGUGUUAAGGCGCACCAAAAAAGGCCGGGCUGCAGAUCUUGCUCUCCCACCAAAGAUUGUGACAUUGAGGCGGGACUCUUUUGAUAAAAACGAAAUGGAAUUCUAUGAAGCUUUGUAUACUCAAAGCGUCACACAGUUUGAUUCAUAUGUAGUUGCUGGAACACUGAUGAACAACUAUGCUCAUAUCUUCGAUCUUCUCACGAGGUUGAGACAGGCUGUUGAUCAUCCUUACCUUGUAGCAUAUUCUAAGACAGCAGGACCUCGUGAAGGAUUUAAAAAUGAAGGAAAUGAGUCCAUGGAAAGCCAAUGUGGUAUAUGUCAUAAUGUGGCUGAAGAUGUCGUGGUUACCUCUUGUGAUCAUGCAUUCUGCAAGACUUGUUUGAUGGACUACUCUGCAACUUUGGGGAAUGUUUCAUGUCCAUCCUGUUCAGUACCUCUUACUGUCGACUUAACAACAAAAGGUUCAGUUGGAAAAGUAACUCCUAGUGUCAAGGGUCGCAAACGCUCUGGAAUACUGAGCAGACUAGCAAGCCUUGAGGAUUUUAAGACAAGUACAAAAAUUGAUGCCUUGAGAGAGGAGAUACGAAACAUGAUUGAGCACGAUGGCUCUGCCAAAGGGAUUGUGUUCAGCCAGUUCACAUCAUUCUUGGAUCUGAUUCAAUUCUCCCUGGAGAAGUCCGGCAUCAAGUGUGUCCAGCUGAAUGGGGCCAUGAACAUUACCGAGAAGGGAAGAGCCAUAGACAACUUCACCAAUGACCCAGACUGCAGGAUCUUCCUGAUGAGCCUGAAAGCUGGAGGAGUAGCUCUGAAUCUCACUGUUGCAUCUCAUGUUUUCGUGAUGGACCCUUGGUGGAAUCCAGCGGUCGAGAGCCAAGCCCAGGAUCGCAUCCACCGAAUCGGACAGUUCAAGCCAAUCAAGAGCACGAGGUUUGUGAUCAAAGACACCGUCGAAGAGCGCAUACUGCAGCUGCAAGAGAAGAAGCAGCUGGUGUUCGAAGGCACCGUGGGCGACUCGCCGGAUGCCAUGUCGAAGCUCACAGAGGCCGACCUCAAGUUUCUGUUCCAGAUCUAACCGCAGCCGGACAUGAGUAGCGUAGCAUAGGAGCUUGCCGACGUGUUGGAACCCUGAGAGCAUGAACCGGCGGGGCGGCGUCGCGCAGAUCGACUGUUAGCAUAGCUUGUCGACUCUCAAACUGCAGUGUAGCAAUGGUUAGCGAGCCAUCCCCAGGCGGGCCAGAGUACCCUUGAGUUUUGGAACCUGGGCGGUGGUAGUAGUAUCCCUGAUCAUUGCGCGUACAAGUUCAACGCGCUUGGAGCAGCCUGUUCUACCCGUUCAGGAAAGAAGAGGGUGUUAUUGGUCUGA